UCUGACCGGGGCCAGUUGGCUAUCAGGCUAUUUCAGUUUAUGGACAGGCAUUUGAUUUCUUCACUGCAGGACUGGCCGUUGUGUUAUAGUCUACGUACGCAGUAUUUCUCCUUUGAUGUUUUACAUUGGAAGUGGAAAUCAAGUGAUGAAGGUCUAUUUAAUUGAACAUCACAUACCGCAUAACUACCAUAUGUGAUUUGGAGUCAUUGAUGGAUUGGCAGUAAUACGGGGUUUUUGGUUUUAUUCAUUGACGUCAGAGCGUUCUACUGUUUGGUCACCGGCUAUUUCAGGUUAAAAUUAGCUUUUUGGUCUUCAUUUAAGGUUAGGGUUGGGCGUAAGGUUAGCAGUGUGGUUAAUGUUAGGGCUAUUGUAGAAAUAGGCGGGGUUUAGACAUAAUUAAGACUUUGUGGCUGUGGUAGGCCAACUAGUGACGACCGCUAUUUCAGAACAGGUGAGCGAUUGAACUGACGUCACAAGAUAAAGACUCGAGCGGGAUACCCCGGCGGGAGAGAGGAGAGGGACGGGGACAUGUUCGUCUGAUCUGCCGAUUUUCAGCUGAAAAUUAUCACUGAGAGCCAGGUGUGUGUUGGGGGGUCACAGAGAGGUCGUUGCCAUGGGGAAGGACUACUAUAAGAUGCUGGGUAUCCCUAAGGGUUCUAACGAGGAGGAGAUCAAGAAGGCGUAUCGCCGCAUGGCACUGAGGUUCCACCCAGACAAGAACACAGACGCCAACGCAGAGGAUAAGUUUAAAGAGAUCGCUGAGGCCUACGAAGUUCUGAGUGACCCCAAAAAGAGGGUAAUCUAUGACCAGCUAGGAGAGGAGGGUCUAAAGGCGGGGGGCAGUAGUGGUCAGUCUGGGGUUCCUGGCGGGUCGUACCACUACACCUUCCAUGGGGACCCCCACGCCACCUUCGCAUCCUUCUUCGGCGGCUCCAACCCCUUCGACAUGUUCUUCGGACCGCACCGCAACCACCACAACCACCAUAACCGCUCCAAUGGCUUCCACUCUAAGGUCCACAACAACCACAACGACCAUGACAUGGAAACUGACUUGGAUGAGGAUGACCCCUUCGCCUCUUUCACACAUUUCGGCUUUCCCGGGGGGGUCAACGGCAUCCCUGGCCAUGGCGGAGGCAGGAGGAGGGGGGUGCAGUCGGAACGUCUGGGGGGGUCCAGGAGGCAGCAGGACCCCCCGGUGGUCCACGAGCUGAAGGUGUCUCUGGAGGAGAUCUUCCAUGGUUGCACCAAGCGGAUGAAGAUCACCAGGAGGAGGCUAAACCCUGAUGGCAGGAGCAGCCGUACGGAGGAUAAGAUCCUGAACAUUGUGAUAAAAAGGGGAUGGAAGGAGGGCACCAAGAUCACCUUCCCUAAGGAGGGGGACGAGACACCAGAGAACAUUCCAGCAGACAUCGCCUUUGUGCUCAAAGACAAAGGACACACCAACUUUAGGAGGGACGGCUCCAAUAUCAUCUACACCUGCAAUAUCAGUCUGAAGGAGGCGCUGUGUGGCUGUACGGUGAACAUUCCCACCCUGGAUAUCCGCGUCAUCCCACUAACCUGCCAUGACGUCAUAAAGCCGGGGACGGUAAAGCGGCUGAGGGGGGAGGGCCUGCCCCUCCCUAAGAGCCCCACCCAGCGCGGCGACCUCAUAGUAGAGUUCACGGUUCGCUUCCCAGACAGGAUCCCUCCCCAGUCCAGAGAGAUCAUCAGAAAACACCUGCCCCAGUCUUAGGACAACACCCCACCUACUCCCCCACGGACUCAUUACCCCCCUCUCCACCCCAAUACCUACCCCCCACCAUAAACACAAACACACAUCGUUUUUACCAGUUGAACCCAUCCCCUCCUCCCCCAUUUCAAGAACUCACUGUUUCUACCACACAACGUUACACGGAACGGCUCAGCGCGGCUUUGGCUUUUACCAGAACUUAUUUUCUUAAUGCUCUUUUUUCUACAGAUUUAUCAAGGGUUUUAUACGUUGUCGUCGCCCCUCCCCCCUCCCCUACCCUCCCCCAGAGGACAGUUGAAAGUGGAUUAUUUUAUUGUUUAUCUACACCCAACCAGCAGCUUCAGUCUGUGCUCCCCUGUUUUAACCCAAUAAACUGUUUCUAAUGUUUAAUGACGCAUCAUGUGUGAACUGUGUAGGUUAUCUGCUGGACAAGGCCACUGCUACUACAGCAGCCACUACCCCCACCUCCUCUCAGUGCCUAACCAUUAACAUAGAUGUAUAGUUUGGCAAGCAUGUCUUGAGAUUUGGAUUUGCUUGUUAUAAUCAGCACUCAGUGCAAAUGAGCAUGUAAUUGUUGUGGAAGGUUUGGUUUUAACAUGGGGGACAGUUUGUUGUAUUUCUAUGUCUGAUCCAGACCACCUGAAUGGCGGAGACCCCCAGCAGCCCAGCUGUGUGUAGUCCACUAUGGGUCAUCAUCAUACACAAAAAAUGUAUGCACGCAUGACUGUAAGUCGCUUUGGAUAAAAGUGUCUGCUAAAUGGCAUAUUAUAUUAUAUAUUUAUAUAUUGGUACCUCAGGAGGUUCAUCCAGGCCUGUCAUCUAUAGGUGCUUUGCUCCCUGUGGUGUCUGUGUCCCAGAGGGAAUGACUGUGAGUCAUUAAUAACUGCCUUUAAGCUCUCCACGACUCACUAACUGAGGGACUGGUAAGUGCCUUAACCUGAAGACACACACACACACACACACGACUCCCCCAUACCUACAGAAGCCCUAUGUAUCUAUCUGAAGUACCAGGGAGGCACCCGGAUUCAUACUGAAUGUGAAUAAAUAUUGUAAUGGCUGAUACAGUGUCCACAGGAUGAACACAGAGAAUAUAAAGACACAUUUCUAUGAACCUUUAUAAUAGGUUUUGUAAAACACUUUCAAUGUAAACCUGCCCAGAGAGUCAUGACUGUUCUGCUGUGGGUAGUGUACUGGGAGUGACACUGUAUGCAGUGCUUAAAGUAAUGGAGUGAAAUAGAUGCUGGUACUCAUUUUGGGUGCCGGUACUGUUAAUAUUUAGGAGCAGGAACGCCGCAAUAUUUUAAAGCCGAUAUUCUAUAAGAGGUGCUGCUACUCAAGCAGUAACAAAUGUUAGGGACUGGUACUCAGUACCAGUGUGUUCCAGCCCAAGUCAAGCACUGACUGUUUGGGUGCUGCAGUGAUCCAUCUGUACUGUUUGGGUGCUGCAGUGAUCCAUCUGUACUGUUUGGGUGCUGCAGUGAUCCAUCUGUACUGCGCUGAGGGACCUAUCAGUCUGGCACUGGUAACAUCAUACAUCUAUUCAGGACUAUCAAAUGGAGACCCUUUUCUUGGUCCACUUUUUGCCACCUGUAAUAUGUUUUUUAUUGAAAGAAUGUCUACAGUAUAGUGGACAUUGAAGGAAUCUGUAAGGACAAGUUGAUACUGUAGUUGUUGUUCCCUGCCUAUAGGUAGUGCCAAAAGCGUGUUCCUGUUCACACAGCCAAGAGAUACACAACAGACACAGAUAGAGAGUGGCAAAACUCUAAGGAAUUCAAUCUGGAUCUAAUAAUGAUGCCUGUCAAUCAGAACAGCCGCAGGGUCUCUGGGCUAUGUGAUGGGUGUGGGGCUAAAGCAGGAAGUGAGCAUUGACAUGGUGCUGUGUGAGAAUGUGUUUUUACCUGUGACUGAGUGAUUCUCACGGUUUCACAGCUUCUGUACUUUUGACAAAGUUUCUCAUGUAAAUAGAAUUUUACAAUGACAAUCAAUAAACCCAGU